CGGCGAAGGGGCGGAGUCGACCCGACGGCGCGCGCGCAACGGGGUCUCUUUCUCUUCCCAAAGGCGCCGGCGGAACAGAGCUGAGGAGGCAGCGGAGCCGAGGAGGAGGCGGCGCCGCCGUCAACAACAACAACAGUAACAGUAGCAACAGCAGCCCGCUUGGGAGCCGGAACAGCAACGAGCGAGGCAGCGGGCCCGUCCCGCCCCGGAACGAAAGAUGGCGGCCCGGCCCCAGCACCAGCCUGAGCAGCGGCGGAAGCAACAGAGACGUCGGCUGUGAGAAGGCGGCGGGCCAAAGCCAAGGGCAAGAAAGCCGGUGCUCCUGCUGCCACUGGCGGAGGGAGAGGGAGCAGCAGCCGAGCCCACCGAGGAGGCAGGAAGGGCCGGGCCAGGCCGAGGCGGUGGGCUGCUGGGCCCCCCGGGGCGCCAUGUUCUCGGUACUCUCCUACGGGCGGCUGGUGGCUCGGGCUGUGCUAGGCGGCCUCUCACAGACCGACUCCCGGGACUACAGCCUGGUCACCGCCAGCUGCGGCUUCGGCAAGGACUUCCGCAAGGGCAUCCUCAAGAAGGGCAUGUGCUACGGGGACGAUGCCUGCUUCGUGGCUCGGCACCGCUCCGCCGACGUGCUGGGUGUAGCAGAUGGUGUUGGUGGCUGGCGGGACUACGGCGUUGACCCUUCUCAGUUCUCAGGGACACUCAUGCGCACUUGUGAACGCUUGGUCAAAGAAGGACGAUUUGUACCGAGCAACCCUGUUGGGAUUCUCACCACAAGCUACUGCGAGCUGCUGCAGAACAAAGUCCCUUUGCUUGGGAGCAGCACAGCUUGCAUUGUAGUGCUGGAUCGGACAAGUCAUCGCCUACACACCGCAAACCUGGGGGAUUCAGGAUUUCUUGUUGUCAGGGGUGGAGAAGUAGUGCACCGAUCAGAUGAGCAACAACACUACUUCAACACUCCCUUCCAAUUGUCGAUAGCCCCGCCAGAAGCUGAAGGGGUUGUCUUCAGUGACAGCCCAGAUGCAGCAGACAGUACUACCUUUGACGUCCAGCUGGGAGACAUCAUUCUGACAGCCACAGAUGGACUCUUUGACAACAUGCCCGACUACAUGAUCCUCCAGGAGCUGAAGAAGCUCAAGAAUUCAAAUUACGAAAGCAUACAGCAGACAGCAAGAAGCAUUGCUGAGCAAGCUCACGAACUGGCAUAUGAUCCCAACUACAUGUCUCCCUUUGCACAGUUUGCAUGUGACAAUGGAUUGAAUGUAAGAGGUGGAAAGCCAGACGACAUCACCGUCCUCCUUUCAAUAGUCGCCGAAUACACAGACUGAUGGGCUGACAGCCUCCACUUGUGACUUGGGUGUUUCCUCCCGUUCCAGCUUCAUUCAUACUGUUUCCUGCUGGCAGGAUGUUUUUCUCUGCAACUGAUCUCAGUGGCUCUUCCAUGUUCCAUCCGUUGCCUGUUUGAAGAUGCAGUCAAAACCCUCCAUCCUUAGAGAAACCGGGACACAUCUGCCAGCAAGAAAUGAAAAAUUUCAAUACUUGAAGCUUGUCUUUUUAGAGUUCAGUAGUCAUUAUUACGUAGUGAUGGGGAAGGGAUUAAUAAUCAUGAUUAUGGCUCCGAAGUAAGUGAGCAGAUUAAAUAGAAAUUGGCCAUUUGUCAUUCAGGGCUAGGUAAUGCUGUUGAACGUCAACAAAGGGAACCUCUGUGAGGACACCGUCACCUUGCUAGACAAAGGCCCCUUUUGCAUCUGCAAGGGGCCACAAAGCAUCAUGUCACUAGCAUAGUUCAUGAAACUGUCUUUGAGGCUUGUUUUUAUACAGAUUCAUCAAUAGCUUCCAAGUGCACUCAGCCUCUGAGUCGAUGUGGGAUUUGCCCAGGAACGUUGUCUGUUACUAAAUUGUGAAUCACAGGAUUAGUUUGUGAAAUGUGUUGUGCAUGUGAGCGAAUGAAUGUGAGCGAGUGCAAUGGUGCUUCCUGUUCUCAUGCAGAUGGACGUUUAGCAUAUCAUUUCUUCCUGCAGGGCUCUCAACUAGCGAGAUGCUUUCCUUCCAGAAAGGAACAUUCGAAGGGUCUUUUCUCUCGUCAUGAAGUCUGAUGAAGCCAGGGUGCUAAGAAGUUGGGCUGGCUUUCCAUGAUGUAGUUCCUAGGGAUGAUGGGGUGCGUUUUGGUGGUGGGUCCUAGGUUUUGAAUGGUCCCAUUUGAGUUUCAGGAACCUCAGUGUCUUGAAAAACAUGCCUCUGCUUGUACUCCCACAACAAGAAUAAUUGUACCCAUGCAAAAUGGAAUGAGCUGCGUUGACUUUGUAGUAGGGGGCAUAUAGGAUUUCCAGAACGAACUUCAAUGAUGUUUACAGAUAUCUAAUAGCCAUUUUGCAAUAGAGCUUUUCUUUUCAUUGACACUCAGUCCAGUUUCUUCAGUAGCUACAACCUUCCCUUCCCUCCCCUUCUUUUCUUUUCUUUUUUAAAGAAAUCUUCAUGUAAAAACAGCUGUAAAGAUAUAUAUAUUUUUGGUCAGUUUUUCAUAACUUUUUUGCUGGUAGAAAAGAACUUAGAAUUGAAAAGCCAUGUUUUAUAUAGCAGUUGGUUAAUGUCAAUGCCUAGAUGAUGAGCUUGGCCAGUAUAGAAACCUUCCUUUUUUAAAACCACGAAAGGGGGGAAUUACUGUCAAGUUUAUUGUAUUAAAACUGUACGUUUGAGGUUACCUCAGCCUGUUUUAAAUAUUUUUGUGGUUGUACUGUAUAUUUGCAUAAUUGUGUCAAGCUUUUAUUUAUAAUUAUGUAACAUGUACCAUGUACAUGUCACUAUUUCAAUGCAUCCUGCUUCUAAUUGUCAUUUCAUUGACCACGAAAAUGGGCAAAAAUAAUCAAGUUGGGAGCUCAUGAAUCUACCUUUCUUUGUAAAAAUUGGCACAACAAAUUUUCUUAAAUCACCUUUGGGUUGUUGUUGUUACUGUCAGAAUGCCUUAACCAUUGAGCUUCACAAAAUUGAUCCUUUUUUUGGUGUGGAGACAGGGUGGAAUCAGACAAAAUAAAGAAAAAAAUCAUAGUGCUAGGAUUCAAAAAUGUGGCAAACAAGAACUUUGCACAAAGCAUUUCAAUCCUUUGUGUUAUUUUCCACCUAACCAGUUGUACCUGUGUAUAUCCACUUAGAAGGAAUGUAUUAAUGCUGCAGUACCUACAUUGAAGUUUCUGUUUUGCCAGAAGAGCAGUUACCCUUCCUUUGAACUUCCAUUAUAUUUUUUUAUUAGCCAGUGUUCACUGUUGCAGUUCCUUGUUUGACUAGGCCCCUUUCCAUUGUUCGGACUGCACCUUCCAGUUGCACCAGAUCCCUUUGGCCUCAGACGGCCUCGGACUUGGUGCCUCCAUUGAGCAGGACUACUUUCCUUCUGCUUUGGGGUCUCUUCCAGCCUUUUCAGGGACAGAGAGGAAGGGGCUUCCUGGCAGGCUUUGGGGGCCAUGGCCUGGUCUCCUUUGUCCUGUGCAGAGUCCCUGAUCUUGGGCCCUCCCCAAGGAGCCGAACUGCAAUGCUUGGUGGAGUUUCCGCCGUGGCCUUGCUUCCCUUCCAGUGGUUUCUAGUCAGGCCAUUUGUCUCUUCCCACAUUUUUCUUUAACAAUGAUCAAAAUUGAGUCUUUCAACUUGCAGAUAAUUCAGUCCCCUUUCUCCCAUCACUGGACACCAAAGACCAGUUACAACUGAUAGCUUUUUACCAUCUAUUUUUAAAGCAAUACUGUACGAUACAGGAUUAAUCUUUCUAUUGCAUGCUUGACUUUUUUGUUUUUCCACAUGAAGAUGUGCACUCGAACAGAACAGAACCA